AUGACCUGUGAAUCUAACGGCGAUAGCAACAGUAAUGGCAGCAGGAAAUGCUUUUUCAACAGUGAAUCCAAGACUGCUAACAGUGAAGUACAUAAUAAGGAGGAGUUUGACAAGAUGGUCGAAAACAUCAAGGACUUCAAACAAAACGUUUCCAGUUUUGCCAAAUCAGUCUUCCACUUGACAAACGAAUCUUUCAGCGACUUCAACGAUUUUGCCAAAGAUUACUCGUUCAAUUGGCUUUUUGAUGUUGAUGGCGAUUCCUCCGGCCACAUGAACCAAAUGCGCAAGAACGUGAGAAACUUCUUCACAUCGAAGGAUGUUGGCUUUGACACUGUUCUUUCCGAGCUUGAAGAGAGUUCCACCGGCAUGGAUGUAGACAUCGAUGCUGCCUUUCCCAAGCCGUACGAGACACGUGACGCUAUCCACUCAUCUUGGUGUAAACGUAAUCAGGGUGGCUAUGACGGGAUUUCAACGGGAAUCAGUGAUUUCUAUGGCGGGCGGUUCCUGGACUUAAUUAGCGGCUCGUUCCGCAACGGAAGAACUCCUUUUGGCUACUAUGCAUACAAGACACCACUGACUAGAGCAUACAAUAACUGCUUGAACAAGGCUGGUGAAUCUGUCUGGGACAGUAGAGGCUACUGGAGAUGUCUAUUCCCCAACAGAGAAGUGCCUGUCGAAUUGUUGAACUACAAGCAAGAGAAGUUGAGAAACACCAUAUUGACUAAAGAGGACUUGGACAAUGCUAUCCUAGAGAAGGGUGUAGAUGAAACGACUUCCAAGGGGGUGAUUGACUUGGGAGAAAAGGGUGUUUUCUUCAGAAAGUUUGACGAUUAUUUGAGCUGGAAGAACAUCAUGUAUGCCAAUCUUCGCCAACAGAGAGAAGAGGCUAGAAAGAAAUAUUUGGAAAGAGUCAAGACGGCUAAAGAAGUCCAGUCCCAGGCUCAACCUCCUGUGGAAACUGACAGUAACGAGAGGAGAGUUGUUUCCAACUCUUACCAAUCGUUCUACACCCAGAAUUCCGAAACAAAUGAGGUUGAAUUGAAGGAAAUUAAGACUGAAUCAUUCAAUGACGGCACGUCUUUAACAAAGACAAUUUUGAAAACCAGACCUCUUGAUGCCAAAGACUGGGUAACUGUCAAAGAAAGCGUUUCCGAAAAUGGUAAAGAUACGGUUUUCAACCCACAAUUGGAUUCUGGCAGUAAAGGCACCAAUGGGUGGUUCUGGAACUCAAAGAACUAA